AUGGAUGACUUGGCAAAGAUCUUGGCGGGCUGCGGCGACUUCAGCCGGCUGUUGGAGAACUUCCUGCACGCACCAAAAGCAUCCUCAGGCCUUCUGAGCCUGGUCCAGCAAGCUCAGCAGCUCGCACAAGGCGUCACGGAGUUUCGGGAGAGUCUCCAGGCAGCCCAGGCCAGUCAAGCCGUGAUGGUCGAGGGCGAGCGAAGGCAGCCAGACAAGGCCAUGCUCGGUCUACCCGACACGCUGCAGGUGCAGGAGUUGCUGCGUCAGCUGGAAACGAUCAACGGGACAAUUCGUGCCCUGGACGAGAUGAUGGCAGCGGAAAGCAUUCCGCUGGCAGACUGCUUCAGCAUCGCUCCGAGUGCAAUGCCUUCAAUGCCAGGGGAUGCGAGGUGGCCAGUGCCUUGCAUUCCUGCUCCUGAGGAGGCCAUAGCGCUGCUGCCCACACCUUCAACAGUGCCUGCAUGGCCUGGCCAGCUGGUGCAAAGCUCUUGCCCAGGGCCGGGCGAACAAAACGAGCUCCAUGCUGAACUUUGCAUCCAUCCUGCACAGCCUCCGCAGUCUGCACCCGCAGUGCCAGCAGCACUUGAUGGACCAGGUGUGCUGCCCGCCUCAGAAGGGCCUCAAAGUGCUUUGGUGCUCUGGCAAGAGGAAGAGACCACGCAGAUUCCACCGAAGGACUUCAGAGGCCCAGCUGCUUUGUCUGGAAGGCGACUGGCCAAUGCUGAGGAUACAGUGCAGGUGGCUUCGCUGCUUUGCUCGCCGGACUCUCCGAGCUCUCCUCUGAAGGUUUUACAGGAUGUCCCUCGACACGGGAUGGAGUCGCAGCUGUUCCAGGUCGUACCGGUGGGCUUAGAAGAUCUGGACGACGCCCCUCGUGUGCCACCAGGGCCUGGUGUCCCAAACUUGCCGAAGCCGCUUCCUGCAGUCCCAGCACCGUGUCCUCCUCCGAAGGCAUUGCCUUCCAAUGCUUCGCACCGGCGGGCGCCACGGGCGAGGCGUAAGUCAGCUAUUCCUGUUCCUGUUCCUCCUCUUCCUCCAAUUCCAGAUGGAGAUCUCAUUGAGAGUUUCUCAGACAAUCCGAUACAUGGCGCUUUGCAGGACAAGGCUGAGACAGAGGACAUGCAGGAGCAAGAGGAGAAGCACAUCCAGCAGCGCUCAUCACAGCGUGCAGGAUCAGAGUUGGAACCAAGCGCCGCAUGCGGGCAAAGCUCUCCGCGUGGAAUGCUAAAGAAAGAAACUUCUGGGCUCAGAAGCCUGGGCAUUAAGGAGUGCGAGCCGCUGCCGGACUUUGGCCCCAGCAUCGCCAGUGCUGAAGGAAGUGCAACUAAGCAUGCGCAUGGCCAGCCCAUCCGAUACUCAGGAAAGCACAUCAUUGAUUGUACUGAUUAUGACGUGCGAGGCAGCUAUCCAAAGCGGACGAAGAUUCAGAGCGAAGGUAUUAAUCUCAAUAUUCCACCGUCAGACCAACUCGUUUGCACUGCAGACAGCCCCGUCAAGAUGAUUGUCACUGCAAGAGGUGGGUCUCAGGCCAGUAAGUUUGCUGGAAACGCCUCACGGUGCCAAGGGGCACAUGUGCCGCUGGAGAGCAGAUUUGCGCGUCGAGGGCGUCUCCUGUUGUCCCAGCAUUUGUCCCAGCGCCGCUCACAGCGCAAUUCGCAGCGAAGCUCGCAGCGUAAGUCGCAGCGCCUGUCUCAGAAGCGCAAGGCCAAGGGUGCGCGCUGGGUCUUGGGGAAAGAAGCUCCAGCCCGAGAACAGGCGAUUGAGGGUGUGACCGUGAGCUCGGCACCGGAGCGCCCGAACGUCCUCUUCACAGGCUUUGCACGCAGCGACCUUCACAGGCUUCGAGAGGCGGUAAACUUGCUUGGUGGGCUGGCCGUGAACUCCCUGAGCGCUGCUGUGGCAAACCGCAGGACCAACGUCCGCCUUGUCGUUCAGUGCAUGACGAAGCAUCGAGGUGAUCGGGGCGAAGACAUGUUGCAGGUUGCGUCCAAGCGGUCCGUGAAGUACAUGGAGGGAGUCCUGAUGGGUGCCUGGGUCCUGUCCCCCGAGUGGGUCGACGCAUCCCUGCGUGCAGGACAUUGGCUUCCUGAGGCCCGCUUUGAACUUGCCGGGGAUCCGAACGGCUUGGGCGGUCCAGCUCUAGGGCGGCGCUACGGCCCUGAGCUCUUCGCCGGCUGCCGUUUUCACUUCGUGGCCACGCCGCGAAGCAAGAAGGACAAGCCUGGCUCCUCUCUUUCAACAGAGGAGGAGGGGCCAACCGCCAAAGAGCUUGCCCGCCUUGCGCGGAAGGCUGGUGCUGAGGUCUUUGAGACUCUUCAGAUGCUACCUGAUGCCAAGGACGACCCACCACAUUUGGCUGCAGCAGUGCUGCAAAGGUCCAAGAGAAGGCUGAGUUCUUCAAGCUCCGCAUAUGCAAAGGAGCUUGGUUUGCCGCGCUUUUGGUGGCGAAAGCCCAUCGUUGUCAGCGUUCCUGAGGCGAAGGAAGGUGAGGGCCCUCGCCGGUCCACGAAGCUGGCCAAAGACUUAGGGUGGGUUUCCAUGACUGCCGCGUGGCUGUUCGACUGCAUCUCUCAUGGGGAGAUCUGCCUCCCGGGCACUGGCGACAGCGAGUAA